UGCUGCGGUGGAAUAGGAGGGUCCACGGUGCGGAUCGGUGCGGUGUGGAGUGGAAGAGAAGGCGGUGAGUCAGUGGUACAGCAAUCGAGGGCAGGGCGGUACAAGGGAAGAAAACGCAGCCUUGGAGCGCGCCGCGCAUACGGAAGGGAGCCGCUAACUGACAGCCGGAGAGGAACGAAGCGCCCCGCUCGGCUCACUGGCGGAGAGGAGCAGGCUAAUCUUUCCCCCUCACACCCGUCUUGUCAAAGGCUUCUCUGUGAUCCAACUGGCGCAAAUGGGCUACGGGAGCCUCUAUCCACCAGCGGGUUUGGCAUAAAAGCUUUUGCGACGCGUAAACAAGUAGGAGAAGGGGGGAAAGAGGACACAGCUGCUCUACGACUUCAAUCCAAAUUCACUUCAAAUAAACGCACUCCAACUUGGUCAGCCUUCUUCACUCUCUUCUUAAGAAGUGGACGGACACAAUCUGUACAUAUAUAUUUUGGAGUAGAAAAAGAAAAGAUACUGUGCUCCUACUCUUGGGAUCUUUUGUAGGUUUCUUCGUUUAUUUCCAUGCAAUCUUGGUGCAUAUGGGAAGCAAGUAAAACAAAAAACGAUUGCAGCCUUCAAAUAAAGCACGUGUGUUACCCUAUUGAGAUGGAAUUAUGAACGGACGCUGAGGAAACUCCGGGGAGGAAUUUAAAUCUCAUUUUGGUGCGCAAUUUGUGCGGCUGAAGAACUUGCAAUCCUUAUUAGUAUUUUCGUAUUUUUUUUUUCUUUUUCCCAUGGAGUAGGCUUGAAUACCAGCUAUUGACUUUGACAGGUACAUAUUAAUGUGAAAUAAAUAAAUAAAAAAUACAAUAAAGUGGGUUUAUUCUCUGACGCCCGGAAAGAAGAAAGACGGAUCUGAUGCGCACCUUCUCCGUGGGAUGGUAAAUGACCGAUGGGGAAUCAUGAAUAGCUCUUCUGAACUCGAAGAUGGAACUCGGCAUAAAAACCAGACGUUCUGUGAAUGUGUGCCCAGCUCCUCUCAACUCAAACAUCGUUGGUCAGACUCAGAAACCGCCAGGGAGACUCCGGCCAAGAGGAUGAGCUGCAGCUACCUGCUCUGCACCAUCCUUCUCUUCGUGGCCGUUCUGUUGGCCGUCACCGUAACUGGCACCAUCCUUUUCAUGAACCACUACCAGGCCCCGCCCAUGUCGGACGGCCUACCCCAUAUUUCCACCAAUCAGGAUGAAGCAAACGCCCUGGUCACCGUGGAGAGGGGCGACGGCUCUCGCAUCAACAUCUUCAUCGACCCCAACUGUCCCGACUAUAACAGCAACUUCAUGCGGCUGGAGGGUGUGCAGACCUCACUGCUCCACUCGCUGACUGACCACGACUCUGACCUGAAGUCGGUCAAAGGUCAGGACAGGGCCCUGCUGGUCAGUCUGGCUGAGGAGGUGGCCAAGCUUUCAGCCCAUGCUGGACAACUGAAGAUGGACUACGAGUCUCUGCGCCGGGGGCAGAGCAGUCUUGGUCAGGACCUGAAUACUCUACAGACAGAACAAGGACGCCUCAUACAGCUGCUGUCGGACAGCCAGAUCAACAUGGUGAAGGUGGUGAACUCCGUCAGCGAUGCUCUCAAUGCCAUGCAGAAGGAAAACGUGGGACUGAAGGCUCGGGUCAAGGCCGAUCUACAAAGAGCACCGGUUCGAGGCGCUCGACUCAAGGGCUGUUCCAAUGGCUCUCGCCCCCGCGACUGCGGCGAUCUGUAUGCCAAUGGUCAGAGAGAGGACGGCAUCUACUCCGUGUUUCCCGUUCACCACCCUACGGGCUUCCAGGUCUACUGCGACAUGACCACGGACGGAGGAGGCUGGACGGUGAUUCAGCGCAGGGAGGACGGCUCGGUUAACUUCUUCAGGGGAUGGGAGUCAUACCGUGAAGGGUUUGGCAAAAUCACUGGAGAACACUGGCUAGGAUUGAAGCAGAUUCAUGCUCUGUCCAUCCAGGGGAACUAUGAGCUGCGCAUCGACUUAGAGGACUUUGAAAAUAGCACAGCGUACGCCCAUUACGGCACCUUCGGCGUGGGUCUCUUCUCGGUGGACCCUGAUGAUGAUGGAUACCCUUUGACGGUUGGAGACUAUUCUGGCAACGCAGGUGACUCUCUUCUGAAGCACAAUGGCAUGAAGUUCACCACCAAAGACAGGGACAACGACCACUCUGAGAACAACUGUGCCUCGUUCUACCAUGGCGCCUGGUGGUACCGGAACUGCCACACCUCCAACCUCAACGGCCAGUACCUCCGCGGCCAGCACACCUCCUACGCAGACGGCAUCGAGUGGUCCUCCUGGACCGGCUGGCAGUAUUCCCUCAAGUUCUCUGAGAUGAAGAUCCGUCCCACCCGUGACCCCGAUAAUAAAUAAAACUCAUAAAAAGGAGGGAGAGGAGAAGACGAGAUGUUUUUGGAUCAUUCAGAAGAAAUAUAUAAAUAUAUAUAUAAAAAAAAAAACAUGGUUUUUGACAGAUUGAAUUAUGUGUCUUCACAUUGUUUAUUAUUUAAGUUUAGUUGACUGCAGUUGGCGCCAUAGCUUCCUCCUUUCCCCCCCUCAUCUCUGUUACUGCCAUGAUGCUUUCUUUAUGGAAGAUUCUAACCACGAUCCCCGCAAUUUUGAUAUUUUACCUUAUAAAACAGCAAAGUCGAGCCUUGAGCCCACAAUCUACUUUGCUGUCUUUCCUCAGUUCAAACCCCUCUGCAGUAUCAUCAUAUUCUCUUGACUCUGACUCCCCAUCCUCAGCCCAAAACUUUCGGAGCUAUCGUUGGAGAGCGUUCUAUCGCAUAUAAGGGAACAAAACCAGCCCCUUCCCAAAAUGCAGGCAGAAGAUGCAAAUUCUUGGGUUUCAUCUGCUUGAAGGGAAAGCUCACCGGUGCACUUUGAUACAUUUACAUCCCUUAUCUGUGUGAAUGAGACCCAGCAGGGUCGUGGCAAUGAGCGGCGCUUCCUCAAAUAAUGAGGGAGAAAAAAAAAAGACAGAGAAGAGGAGGAAACGAGCUCACAGGAGUUAAAUUGGCUGAAGGAAAAAGGGGGACAGAGUGCAUCAAAGGGGACGAAAGGCAAGCGAGAAAAGCACAAGAAGGCGCAAAAAGAAUAAAAAAUGAGGAGACAAAGAAAAGAGACAACGGAGGAUCUCGUUCGUCUGACGUGGGCCAUUAGGGAGCAUAUUGGGCACUUUGUCUGAUCUGCCUGCCAGCUGAGUACCGGCCAACCGAUGCAACAUCGCAGAUGGAAACACAGCACUUUUUGUGUGCGUGCGUGUACGCGUGUUUGCACGACUCUGGCUGAAAGACAAACAGACAAAGCUCUCUCUAAGACUCAGUUUCCUGUCAGGAAGUCAGAGGAGUGACUUGACUGAGCACAUUGUGAAGCACAUGCAUGGCUGGCACACCUUCGCUCCGUCCACAUACGUGUCAGAAUUAAGAGAAGAAAGGUCGCGUCAGAUCGGGUUUCUAAAGAAAUGGAGCGAUUCCACAUUCCCAACUCAUCAGACUGUCCUCUCUUUUCCAGGUGUUCAAUAUGAGAUUUCUUUCCAAAUUUGUUUUUAGCGUGUAGCUCGUUUUCUGCUGUCAUGCAAACGUAGAAAAAAAAUGAUUAUCAGGGGGAAGAAAAAUCUUUUCUAAUUGGCUUUUUUUUUUGGUGUUCAAGUUCUGCAGUUUCUCAUGGAAAAAAUCAAAAUUGCCUCAAGCUAGAAUGGAAAACCAUAGAUGGGGGAAAGAAAUACAAAGCCAUCAUAUUGGUGAAAAAUUGUGCAAUCGUUGCCCCAUUAUUUUUAUUUUCCUUUAAGCACUGUCAAUCCUGUUGAAGCUUUUUUUUUUUUUUUUUGGAGAAAGCUUUAAGAUAUCUGUAGAUUCUACUGUACAGCGUGUAUGACUUUCAGAGCAUGUGAAACAUUUCUUACUAUGCGAAAACACGAGAGAGCACAUGGACUUUAGAAAACCUACCUGUGACAAAGAAAGAACUUUUCCUCCUUCUCCCCAUGGUUGGCGUUGGGGACUACUGAUCUGAGCACAAGGAAAGAUGAGGAUUGUGAUUAUCCCUCAAGCACAUGCUUUUUUUGUUUCUUCUUCUUCUUCUUUUAUGAAAGAACAAUGCAAGGCACGUUUUGAUAUUUGGGGACAUUAGCGGCCUCGCGGGACAUGUGCGACCUUCUACGUUUUCUGGAUUGUCUUCUUUUGGACAGCAAGACUGGAUUGCAAAAGUCUUUGAAUGUGCGCUGAGUUUCAUGUGUAGCACCAAGCAAUGUUGCGCUGAAUACCUCUGACGCUGGACCAGCUGUGAGUGUCUCCGGACCCCCCGUGCUUUCUGCGGCAACCUCGGCUGCGCGCGGCACGCAAAAAGCUGCCCAGUCACGACUCGGUGGACAGCCGGCCCCUUUCUUCUUCAUCAAAAGUACAGACACUGAUGUUAUGAAAAAAAGAAAUAAAUACUGGAGAAAAAAAAAAAAAAAAAAAACAGAUGUUACUAUGGCACAGAGUUUGAGGACUGAUUUUAAGUUUGUAAAAUAAGACGUAUAAAGAGAGGGAACUGGACUGCGAGUGUGAAUGUACACAAAUAUUUGCGCGCGUGUGUGUGUGAAUGUUUGUUUCUCUUCUUGACAGAGCAUGUGCGUUUGCGUGCAUCUGUUGUGUGUCUGUGCGUACACAUGAACAAGAGCGUCUAAAUGAAUUUGAAUAUCCUUGGAAAGUAGAUUUUCUUUCAGUUGUACAAUUUUGACAGAAAAAAAAAACUUUUAUAGAUUUGAUUACCACAGAGUGAUAUAAUGGUGUUUGUGUAAAUUUUGACAAAAAUGGCUGAUGGCUAAUGAACACCCACAAUUCAAUUUAUCAUUAAACUACAAUUUUACAUAAGACUAAUAAGAAUAUGCCCAUACUUUUAAGUCAAUUAAAAGUAUGUCCAUAUUGUACAGUCAUAUUCAAAAAGUUAAAAUAUGAUUAAAAAGUAUAUUUCUGUAACUCGAUCCAGUGAUUUGAACACAUUAUUACAUAAUUACACUUAAAGUGACUUUUACUUUUAAUUCGACAAAUAUUAUUGACAUGCAUAUUAUUAUAAUUGUAUGUGCAGUUAAUACAUGGUCCUUUUGCAUGAAUUACUGCGUCAAUGCAGCGUGUCAUGCAAUUGAGCAUUCUGUGGUUCUGUUGGGGUUUUAAACAAGCCAAGGUUCCUUUAAUCUCAGCCUUUAACAUGUCUGCAUUGUCAGCUUAUUGUGUCUUAUCUUCUUCUUGGCGACACUCCAUGAAUCCAGAUGAGUGUGCACAGUGACGCCAUUGUAAUUAAAGGAGCUGUCGGUCCUUCUGAUGGCAUUAGCAGGUGCGUUAAGCAGGUAUAGGUAAUUGAACGUGAAAAGGAUUAGAAAAUUAUUACAUGAAAUUAUUACCAACCAAAGGCCAACAGCCAAUUUAAAGAAAGGAGAGGGUUUGUUUACUUCCUUCUUCUGUAUUUAAAGAUUAUUGGUGGUGUGCUCAGAGCAAAUUGGUGCACUUUUUCCUUUCUCACAACUUUCUCUUAAUCUGACUGAAUACAACUAUAUGAACAGACUGUUUAAAAAAAUAAAAAUGAAAAUCACCAUUUAUAUUUUGUGCUCCUUGUGGAGGAUGACUUUACUGUCUGCUCAGCAACUAUAAAUUCAGCAGUCUUUAACAUUAUUGAGUAGGCGAUGACAUUAUACAUAAUUUAAAAAAAAAAAGAUUAUUAGUCCUAUGUAAUAUUCCAUUUCAAUUUACCAAAAUUAGCAGAAAUGUCUGACAUUUCAUUGAAUCAUUGAAAUGUAUCCCUCUGUGUAAUGAAUCUAUGAGAGUUUUGCUUUUCAAAUUGAUUCGCUGAAACAAAUCAACUUUUCAAUUAUUAUUCUGAUUCACCACGUUGCACCUGUAGGCACAUGCUUUGGUUUACACAUGACGACGUGCAUGAGCCCGACCAGAGACGGGAGCGGGAGGUGGAGGAUGUCCCAGCGUGGAGUAAUGUGACGCUUCUGUCUGACUAGCCUCCCUCUGCUGUUUGUGUUGAUAACAGAGAGAUUUACAUGAUUAUAUUGACCUAUUAGUUAUUGUGAUUGUGAACACCACCUACUGGUUGCCGUGCUGAACUGCGCCUGUACCUUUGAACCCACACCCAACUCCCCUGUGAACCCGCUCCCCGACUUGUUGUGCACACUGAAUAUGUUACUGCUAUGUUCCCCCUUGUUAUUUACAUGUGCAGACAGCUAUUAUUUGCCACACCCUGAUCUGUUUUUGUUGUGCGAAUGCCUUUAUAGUCACUUUCCCUCUCCGCGAGCUGCUGCUGCAGCUUGCUAAGUCUCCAAUGGAAGAGGAGAUGAAAGAGUGAAAUCAGAAGCUCCAAUCAAUCCACGUUAUCCUGCUCACUACAGAGCAUCAAUGCCCUCCCCCUGGUGCCCAAACCUUCCAUAUUUCUUAGUGUGUUUCUACUUAAUUGCCUUAGCCUCUGCUGCCAGCCCCACCGUCCCACCCCAUCUCCUAAAUUUUCUGUUUUUUUCCUCCCGCCCUCUCUAAUGCUGUGUUUUUUCUGCCGUGCCCGCCUCCGUUAUCCAGCAACUCUCCCUCCAUCCUCCGUUUCCUUCAUUCCCAGCGCAGAACUAACUGUUUUCUCUUUCUGUUAUUUUUUUGGUGACGUAAAAUAGAUUGUUUUUGCUGAAUCUUGAUACUGUGUUUUAAUGUUCUUGUCGACAUUUAAUAAACAUUCACAUUUUAUAAUUGGGGAA